AUGCAUGCAUUUAGUCUUUUCCACUCUUACCCAAAGAACGCACCCCUCACCUGGCUGUGUGCUCUCUUUGAGCGGCGGCUCAAGGAGAUGAACCCUGGAGUGAAGAACAUCACAUACGACAUCUCAGAGCUGUACCAGUUCAUGGAGUCUCUGCCCGACCUCACCGCCCUUGUACUGGAUGAGUCUAUCUGUGCAUACAACGUGCACUUCGGCGGAGUCGCAAGCCCCGACGCGGGGAUUAACCCCCAGUUCUACAACUGGAAUGUGGUGCUUGUCAAGUACUGCGACGGCAGCUCCUUCACGGGCGGUUCGGGCAAGAAGAACAAGACGGAGGAGACCGGCAAGACGCUCUACUAUAGGGGACACUGGAACUUAAACGGCGUGCUUCAAGAUCUGCUGGACACUCAAAAUCUGAACCACGGGGAGGAGGUGCUGGUGGGGGGCUGCAGCGCGGGCGCGGUGGCCGUGUCGAUCAAGUGCGACCAGAUCGCCACGUGGCUCGAGGAUUACGGCAUCAAGACCAAGUGCUUUAUGGAUGGAGGUUUCUUCCCAGACGUGGUGGAUGUGAACGGCGAGCGGUCGCUGCGGGAGAAGGUGCAGCGGCUGGCAACACUGCAUGACAUCGACCGGAUUGGGAUCAACGGCGACUGCAAGGAUGGUGAGUUCAGAAAAUUCACCAUGGCAUGGAUGAUUGUCUGUUAUGGUGGUGAGUGUUCAAUUUUUCCUCCCCUUCCUCACACUCUCACUGUCAAUGUUACUGACUUUUCCUUAUCGCUUUUCUUCUCGCCUUGA